GCGGCUUGCUGCGCACACUUCCCCCGUUAUUAAACACUAUGUUCAAAAGGCGUCGGGGGACUUCCCGGAGCCACGGAGCCCGUGUCGCGCGACCGAACGGCCCACGGAGCCCAUGGACCUGAGCGCCGCCGCCGCGCUGUGUCUCUGGCUGCUGAGCGCCUGCCGUCCCCGCGACGGGCUGGAGGCUGCCGCGGUGCUCCGUGCGGCGGGGGCAGGACCAGCCUGGAGCCCCGGGGGCGGCGGCGGCGGGCGGACCCUCGUCCCGGCUCCGGGCCCUUCAGCUCUCCGGACCGCCGCAGUUCCCGGGCCCCGCGCUGUGCGCCGCGCUGCGGGCUCUGGCUUCAGGAACGGCUCGGUGGUGCCGCACCACUUCAUGAUGUCGCUGUACCGGAGCCUGGCAGGGAGGGCUCCGGCCACCGCAGCCUCGGGGCACGGCCGCGCGGACACGAUCACCGGCUUCAUAGACCAAGCGACUCAAGAGGAAUCCGUGGCCCAGCCUGGCCAGAGCUUUCUAUUCGACGUGUCCGGCCUCCCUGAAGCCGACGAGCUGGUGAGUGCCGAGUUGCGUGUGCUGCGGAAGAGAUCUCCGGAGCCAGACCGGGACAGUGCGACCCUCCCGCCCCUGCUGCUGCUGUCUACUUGCCCCGACGCGACCCGCACACCUCACCUACUGCACUCGCGGGCUGCCGAGCCCCUAGAAGUGGCGCGCUGGGAAGCAUUCGACGUGACGGACGCGGUGCAGAGCCACCGUCGCGAGCCGCGCGCCUCCGGCAAGUUCUGCCUGGUGCUGCGCGCGGUGGCCGGCUCCGGGAGCAGCCCGCUGUCCCUGCGACGACUGGGCUUCUUCGGCUGGCCAGGCGGCGGCGAUGGCCCCGCUGCCGAGGAGGAGCGCGCGCUGCUGGUGAUCUCCUCCCGCACGCAGAGGAAAGAGAGUCUGUUCCGGGAGAUCCGCGCCCAGGCCCGCGCGCUGCGGGCCGCCGCAGAGCCACCACCCGAUCCGGGACCAGGCGCUGGGUCUCGGAAAGCAAUCCCGGGCGGGCGCAGGCGAAGGCGGACGGCUCUGGCAGGGACUCGGGGAGCGCAGGGCAGCGGUGGAGGUGGCGGCAAGGGCCACGGGCGCAGAGGCCGGAGUCGCUGCAGCCGCAAGCCUCUGCACGUGGACUUUAAGGAGCUGGGCUGGGACGACUGGAUCAUCGCGCCAUUAGACUACGAGGCGUAUCACUGCGAGGGCGUCUGCGACUUUCCGCUGCGCUCCCACCUGGAGCCCACCAACCAUGCCAUCAUUCAGACGCUGCUCAACUCCAUGGCACCCGACGCGGCGCCAGCCUCCUGCUGCGUGCCGGCACGCCUCAGCCCCAUCAGCAUCUUAUACAUCGAUGCCGCCAACAACGUGGUCUACAAGCAGUACGAGGACAUGGUGGUGGAGGCCUGCGGCUGCAGGUAGCAUGCGGUCUAGGGAGGGCCUUGCUGCCCAGGACCCCAGCUGAAGAGCAGCCUCACCCUGGCCUGUCACCAGGCCGGGAGGGACAGUGGAAUAUGGCCUCCGCCUGCGCCGAGGAGAGCACACAGUUCACACUCACAUUUACACACUCCUUCACUCGCGCACACAUUUACCAUGGACAGCAGGCGCAGAAAGCCUUGUGCAGACGUGACGACUGGAUGUCACAGUCAUGCUUAUAUAACAUCGAUACAAACCGCUGUCUCUUUUAGAAGGGUGUCUGUGUUGAUGUUGCGGUAAUUGGCACGAACUCCAAGUAGAAACGGGUUAGCUUUGGAUUCUCCAUUUAGCUGGAGGCUGGGUGGCCGGGUUCCUGGCAUUGGACACUGAGUCCACCUGCAGGGCUGUAAUACCCAGAUUCUCUGGAUGUGUGCAUUGGGAAUCUUCAACAAGUAAGGAACCACUGGGGGUGGGAAAAAGCACCGAUCCCCUAAACGAGCACGAUGUGGUUGGUGCUGUCUCAGUUUUGAAAAGAGAGCUUUACCCAAAAGAAGUAUGUUGUGCUGCAAAUGUCAAUAUCGACUUAAAAAAAAAUCGGUUCCAAUUAGGAAUGAUCUGGGAAGUAGGAAGAAUAGUUUUCUCUUGGCGGUGUGUGAAUUGGCGGAAAGGAGUUCGGAGUAGGAUAGGAUCCGCCAGGUUUAGAAGCAUCUAGAAGGUGGUAGCAGGAGGGAGUUAGAGCAAUGGCUGUACAUGGGUUGCAGAGGCAGCUGAGGUGUACCAAGAGGGUUUCCCAAGAGGCUGCAAAGGAGGCUCUGAGGACUUGAGUGUCCUGGGCCAGCUCCAGGGGAGGAUCAAAGCCCACUGGCCAGGUGGGCACAGCCCCCUCCAAAAAGCCACAUGUGCCUAUGCUUCGCUGUCACAUCUGUGCUGGCCUAAGUGUGCCUUUCACUGUGGUUGUUGUGUACUUUCUGACAAUGUGACAGUGACAGGAAGUGAGACCACACACAAAUGCCUUUGUCAGAUCUAAAGGCACAGCCUGGACCUGCAGUGCAGGAGGUAGCUGGUCCUUGCUCCUGGACUGUGGUCCUUGGUGUGGGAUGAGCAGGGUGCAAGCCUGUCUCCCAUCUCCAGAAUUUUUGCUCUACGGUGGUGUUUGAUUUCAGGGUGGCUGUCCAUCCUUUGAGAUCUCCUGUCAAUGGUUGGGAAAGAGAAAUAAUCUAGGCUGCACCUGUUGGAGGGCUUAGACAUCAUGUUGUGUUUUCUCCUUUGGGCUGUGGGAGAGGUAUUAAUUCUGCCCUUGUCUUGGAUGCCAAGGCCCAGGACAGUUUAUGGGUAUUUUAGUUAUUAGUGGUUACACUACACUCCCCAGUGACAAUGAAGAUGAAGAUUUAGACCCAGCUAAUUUAUUUGGAAGCCCCAUCUGAGUCCUUUUCAUUUUGCAAAAUUUCCCCCCAAGGGGAAAAGAAUCCAUGUAUAAUUUAUUCUUGAAACAUAGAUUUCUUGUCUUUUAGAAUGUGAACUUGUCUGGCUGUGAGUAGCUGCAACCAGAAAAUGCAACUAUUUCAGUUUUGUUUUGUUUUGUUUUUUAAAUCACAAAGUGGCUCAUCUCUUUUUGGUAACUGGGCAGAGAUGUCUGUCCAGAUUUUUGGAUUCUGCAAGAUUCUCCCUUCUUCUGUUUUUGUUUGUUUGGUUGGUUUUGGUUUUGUGAG